GAAACACAUUCACUCCACGCCCACCAGUGCCCUAUCUCUCACGUGCUCGCUUCUCGAAACGAGCACCCGUGGCGGCUGACGUACGGAAAAGUCUACACAUGGAGAGCUUUCCCUCGCCUUUACACUGACCGCCCAUCGAAACGCCCCGCGCACGCGACCCGACCACGCCCCGCUCCUCAGUCAACGAAGACUGAGCGAAGAAACCCACCUUUGCCCUUGAUCGUCGCAGAAGCGACCCGUUGUAUCGCCCAAUAUGGCUCCAAAAGGAAAGCAGGAUGAACCCAAGAAGAAGAAGGCUACCGUUGAGGACAAGUCCUUUGGUAUGAAGAAUAAGAAAGGUGGUGCUGCUCAGAAGGCCAUCAAGCAGAUGUCCGCAUCGAAGAACUCUGCGCCAGAGGACAAGAAGAAGGAAGCAUUGAAGCUGCAAAAGGAGAAGGAGAAGUUGGCAGCAGAGCAAGCACGAAAGGAAGCCGCAGAACUAUUCGCUCCUGUUGCCGUACAGAAAGUGCCCCCGGGAGUGGAUCCCAAGACUAUUCUCUGUCAAUUUUUCAAAAAGGGCGGUUGUGAGAAGGGCAAGAAGUGCAAGUUCUCUCACGACUUGGACGUCGAACGCAAGACUGCGAAGAAGGACUUGUAUCAAGAUGUGCGUGGCGACGAGGCUGAAGACGAGAAGAAGAAGGACGGCAUGGAAGAGUGGGAUGAAGAGAAGCUGCGACAAGUCGUUUUGUCGAAACACGGCAAUCCCAAGACUACAACGGACAAGGUCUGCAAGUUCUUCAUUGAAGCUGUCGAGAACCAGAAAUAUGGUUGGUUCUGGCAAUGUCCGAACGGCGGAGAUGAAUGCAAAUAUAAGCACUCUUUGCCCCCUGGAUUCGUGCUCAAGACCAAGGAACAACGAGCAGCAGAGAAGGCCCUUAUGGACAAGUCACCCAUGGCAACGCUCACUUUGGAGGACUUCUUGGAAUCGCAACGAUUGCAGCUCACGGGCAAGCUGACACCGGUCACACCCGAGAGCUUCGCAAAGUGGAAGAAGGAACGAUUAGACAAGAAGGCGGCCGAACAUGAAGCACAGACCAUGAAGGAGGCGACAGGUCGUGCUAUGUUCGAGAAGGGAGAUUGGCGUGGCGACUCUGAUGAAGACUCUGACGAUGAAGACGGUGGUUUCAACCUUGAGGCUCUACGAAAGGAGACCGAAGCUCUGCGGCAGAAGAAGGAAGAGGAGCGAUUGGCUCUUGCCAAUGGAGAGGAGGCAAACCCUGUCGUGGUUUGAUGACUAUUAUGAUAUCGAGUCCUGCAUUUUUGGGUAUGGGAGAAAAGCCACUCAUGAUAGGAACGACUUCAAUGAAGUGGUCUGGCGUGUGUACUCGACUUCAAAGACCUUUCAGGUGGCGCUCUUGCCUGUUGUGCCCCUCUACCAACUCCCGCUCUUGAUCUGUCGCAUAUUUGCCGGUGUACGUUCAGACGCCGAAGCGUUCCCGGGCCUGACCACGUUAGAAUGACCCC